ACGAGAGAGUUAGUUCGUGUCUAAGCAUUCACCAGAGAACAUCAGCGGAGAAAAUUCACUUUCGCUUUUACCUGCAACUAACAACUAAACUUGGUUUAAAAAAACGGAAAAAAUAAUUAUUUAAAUGACAAGUACACAGUGAUAAUUUUUACCUAGUUAAUCAAUCGUCGUAUCAACAUUAUAAUCAGAUAAUUAUGAUGAAGAUAUAUGAUGGCCUGCUUCUUUUAGUGGAAAUACUAUUUCUUAUUUUGAAAAUUUUUUAUUUCAUUUGUGAAAGUAUAUACACAACGUUUCUGCCAGUGACAAAAAAGAAUGUUGCUAAUGAAAUUGUUCUGGUGACAGGUGCAGGUCACGGUAUCGGGAAAGAAUUAGCGAUUGGUUAUGCAACAUUAGGCGCAACAGUGGUAUGUUGGGAUAUCAAUGAAGAAACCAACAAACAAACGAUGAACGAGAUCAAACAGAUGGGGAAACACUCUGUACAUGCAUAUCGCUGCGACGUAGCAGACAGAGAAGAAGUCUUCAGGGUAGCUGAAAAAGUGAGAAAAGAAGUCGGCGACGUCACUAUUUUAGUCAACAACGCCGGUAUAGCGUUUGUCAAAAAACUCCUAGAUCAUAACGUCGAUGAAAUUACACGAGUUAUAGACGUCAAUUUGGUAUCACAUUAUUGGACAUUGCAAGCGUUCCUACCAAGUAUGAUUGAAAAAAAUUACGGUCACGUUGUGGCAAUCGCAUCAGGAGUAUCAUUUUUUGGUAGUGUCCAUGGUACGGUUUAUUGUGCCACAAAGGCCGCGGUCAAAGUAUUGAUGGAAGCUAUCAGCGAAGAAUUGCGCAUGUAUAGCAACGAGAAAUCUUUGAUUAAGUUCACCACCAUUUUUCCGGCUUUAGUACUUACUGGAAUUGCCAAAAAGCCAAGAAUGAGAUUUCCAAUUAUAAUGAAAGGGAUUACGCCGCAGAAAGCAGCUGCAAUAAUAAUUAAUGCACAAAGACGAAAUUUGAACGAAAGUAGUGUACCUUCAUAUUGGUUGCCGUUAUUAAAUGCAAUGAGGAUUUUGCCCAACAAGGCUUUACUUUGCAUACGGGAUUUCAUAGAUUUCGGCUUUGAUGUAGAAGAUUAAAAAAUAUGGAAAAUAUAGAUAUAUAAUACAUCUUUAAACAUA